AUGGAAGGGAUCAGUAUAUACACUUCGGAUAACUACUCGGAGGAAUUGGGCUCAGGGGACUAUGACUCCAUAAAGGAACCUUGCUUCCGGGAGGAAAAUGCCCACUUCAACCGGAUCUUCCUGCCCACCAUCUACUCCAUCAUCUUCUUGACUGGCAUCGUGGGCAAUGGAUUGGUCAUCCUGGUUAUGGGUUACCAGAAGAAACUGAGAAGCAUGACGGACAAGUACAGGCUGCACCUGUCAGUGGCCGACCUCCUCUUUGUCAUCACACUGCCCUUCUGGGCCGUGGAUGCCGUGGCAAACUGGUACUUUGGAAACUUCCUAUGCAAGGCAGUCCAUGUCAUCUACACGGUCAACCUCUAUAGCAGUGUCCUCAUCCUGGCCUUCAUCAGUUUGGACCGGUACCUGGCCAUCGUCCACGCCACCAACAGUCAGAGGCCCAGAAAACUGCUGGCUGAAAAGGUGGUCUAUGUUGGCGUCUGGAUCCCUGCUCUGCUGCUGACUAUUCCUGACUUCAUCUUCGCCAAUGUCAGCGAGGCCGAAGACAGAUAUAUCUGUGACCGCUUCUACCCCAACGACUUGUGGGUGGUAGUGUUCCAGUUCCAGCACAUCAUGGUUGGUCUUAUCCUGCCCGGUAUCGUCAUCCUGUCCUGCUAUUGCAUCAUCAUCUCCAAACUGUCGCACUCCAAGGGCCACCAGAAGCGCAAAGCCCUGAAGACCACAGUCAUCCUCAUCCUGGCGUUCUUCGCCUGCUGGCUGCCCUACUACAUUGGAAUCAGCAUCGACUCCUUCAUCCUCCUGGAGAUCAUCAAGCAAGGCUGUGAGUUUGAGAGCACUGUGCACAAGUGGAUUUCCAUCACUGAGGCCCUCGCCUUUUUCCACUGUUGCCUGAAUCCCAUCCUCUAUGCCUUCCUUGGAGCCAAAUUUAAAAGCUCUGCCCAGCACGCACUCACCUCUGUGAGCCGAGGGUCCAGCCUCAAGAUCCUCUCCAAAGGAAAGCGAGGUGGACAUUCUUCAGUUUCAACCGAGUCGGAAUCUUCAAGUUUCCACUCCAGCUAA